AUGUCUCCGCCUUCGAAUUUUUUCAUCCAUCAAAGCAGACCCCGAUCGAUCUCACCUCAACUUCCUCAUCAAGCCAUCAGAAAAAUGCCACCAAACCAAUCCACCACGCAACCCGCGACCGCUUCAGCUCAACAAAAUCAGGCCUCUGCUCCUAAUGAAAAUUCGCAACGGCGCCUCCGUCGCGCUAGAGGCUCGCAGGGAUUUAAUUACUGGGUUAAUGCUCCGAUCGGCUCUCAACCUUCGAUCACCGAUGAAGUCUUGGCUUCUUCUGCUCCUCAAAGAGUCGCCGGCCGGUCUUCUGCGACCCAAACUGCAGCUGGCUUAGAGCAGCACCGCACUGCUUUCUUCGAUCCAGCAGCUCGGGAGAAGCGUGACAGGGAUGGCAGCAUGACCACGUUGUAUGCUAUGCAACUGGAAGACGCCAACCAGACAAUCAAAACUCUUUGUGAGAAAAUCAGCCGCUUGCUUAUUGGUGAUCAGGCCAAAUGUAAUGAGCUCAAAGAGAAGAUCACCGAGCUCAAAUUCAAAAAUCAACCACUCAAGUCCAAGCUCAAGCUCAUGCAGAUGAAGUACGACAUGUCUUCCCAUCAUCAUUUCAGCUCGCAGCCAAUUCAAUUCGGCCACUCAGCCAGCAACAGUUUAAAGGUUGAGGCCGCCUAA